UAGGUGAAUAUAAACAUAAUGGCAUUUUGUAAAGUAGCCGCAGCUAAGACUGACUUUGCUCUUGGGCUGUACAAGGAGUUGUCACAGAAAGGAGAUGGGAAUUUGUUCUUUUCCCCGUACAGCAUUUCCACUGCACUGAUGAUGACUCUGCUUGGAUCAAAGGAGAAAACAAGAGAGGAAAUGCUGGAUGUUCUUGGGUUGAAAGAUCUUAAUGAAAGUGACAUUAACUCUGGCUUCCUCCAAAUACUGCAUCACUUGAGAUCUUCAAAAGGAGAUGUUGUCUUGGAAAUGGCGAAUAAAUUGUUCCCGGAAGCCACCUACAAGUUGGAGGAAGACUUCUUAUCAAAGUGCAAGCAAUUUUACGAAACUGAGAUUCAAGCUUUGGAUUUCAAGGGAAACCCUGACGCUUCCAGGGAAGCUAUCAAUGUUUGGGCUGAAAAAGAAACCAGCGGCAAAAUCAAUGACUUGUUGCCAAAUGGUUCCAUAAACAGCCUGGUGCGUCUGGUCUUGGCCAAUGCGGUUUAUUUCAAAGGAAGUUGGUUGCACAAGUUUAAAGAUUACGACUCCAUAGAGUCAAAUUUCCAUGUAAAAGAAGGGACAACUACGCAAGUAAAAAUGAUGAACCAAAAAGAAUGGUUCAACUUUAAAACUGAUCCAGAUCUUGGUUUGAAAAUAGCAGAGUUAUUUUACAAAGGUGGAGACUAUUCAAUGGUGGUCCUGCUUCCUGAUGAAAAGUAUGGAUUAAACAAAUGUCUGGAGAAGCUGACCAGUGAAAAGUUGCAGCAUAUCAGUUCAGGAAUGAUGAGGACAGAACUUGCACUUUCACUCCCCCAUAUGAAGUUUGAAAAGCAACUGGACUUAGUUGGAAGUUUGAAAAAGCUUGGUCUGGUUGAUCUUUUUAAUGGAAAUAAAUCCAACUUGCGUGGGAUCUCUGAUGAUGGGGACCUAUUUGUAUCACAAGUUGCUCAUAAAGCUUUCAUUGAAGUGAAUGAAACAGGAACAGAAGCAGCCGCUGCUACUGCUAUGAUUGCUAUGCAGUCAAUGGCAAUGCCAAGCGUUCCACCUGUGCAGUUUAAUUGCGAUCACCCGUUCUUAUUUCUCAUCAAACACAACCCAACAAAUUCAGUUUUAUUCCUUGGCCGAUGUUCUGACCCUUCAUAGUUAAUAUACCCAACCAGUUCUGACUAUUUGUACAAACAAGCUUUAAAAUUUAUUUAAUUCAUUUAAUUUUGUGGAUAUUGGGCCAAUUCUAGGCUAAAUACCAGAUCACAUGGCAUGCCUUGCUGUAGGACUUCACCCAUAUAGAGUGUAAUACGCAUAUACAAGUUUUGGUAUUAAUCGAACUCUGGGGUUCCUACCAGGCCCAAAUACGUGCCUUUUUGUACGACCUCACCCAUAUAGAAUCCAGUUUAAUUCUCAGCACUAUUUCUAUUCUAUAUAGGUUAGGCCAUAUUGUGAGGCAAUGCUCUAUUAUUCUUGUAUGAUAUGCACUAUACAUUUAUAUAUAGCAUAGCCAAAUUAGUUUCAGUUAUUAAACUAGAAAUUAAUUAUCCACGAAAUUGACUUAACAUUGUAUUAUAGAAGUGUUUAUAUUUGAUUAGAAUUGUGUAAUUAUAAACUUUUUUAAAUGUUUUAUGCAAUUGUUGUAUCUUAAUGGAGUUACUACUAUAAUAAUGUAGGUGCAAUUAUUGUACAAAUGUUAUGAGGAAUAUUUUAUAAGUAUAAUUUAAUGAUAAUUAUAUGUAAUC